UCCUUCCCCUCUUUGUCGCGUAUACCUCUUUCCUUCCUUUCCCGUACCUUUCCCGUUGAGCGUUAUCGAUUCUAGCAUCUGUAACACUCGCUGCCAACCUUGAGCAGUUCAAUAUUUUCGAGCACUCUCCAAUUCAACCCUAAUACCCUAGCUUCUGCGCUAUCAACACCACCUCCCUCAGCACAAAAUGAAGAGCGUCCUUUCCAUCUCACUACUUAUGACUGCCAUCGCCAGCGCAGCCCCAAGCGUUGUUGCCUGUGAAGGUCAUAACUCUGGGCCUGCAAUGGCUGCCUACUCUGGUAGCCCACCUUCAGGGUAUGGUGCCGCUGCCGUCAAGCCUGCUGGCUACGGUUCGCGCAGUAUUCUGAGGAACAGGCCUGCUCGUGCUGCCCGUGCGUCGCAAGGAUAUGGUUCCAGCUCUUCGGGAUCGUAUGGUGGUGCCGCCGCUCCUGCUGCUCCUGCUGCUGCUGCUCCUGCAAAUUCGUCUUCGUCGGGCUAUGGUUCCAGCUCAUCUGGCUAUGGUGCUGCUGCUGCUCCAGCUGCCGCUGCCGCCCCUGCAGACUCUUCAUCGCCGAGCUACGGAUCGAGCUCUUAUACCGGCAAUGAAGCUCCAGCUGCCGCUGCCGCUGCCCCUGCUCCGGCUUCAGGUUCGUCCAGCUACGGAUCUAGCUCGGAUUCGUACGGUGCUGGGGCCGCUGCCGCUGCUGCCGCUCCUGCGCCUGCUGCCGCCGCUCCUGCCUCGGGCUACGGAUCUCCUAGCUCCGGCUACAGUUCUAGUGGCGCUGCUCCUGCCGCUCCUGCCGCGCCUGCCGCCGCUGCUCCUGCUGACUCUUCAUCAGGCUAUGGCUCCAGCUCAUCGGGUUACGGAUCCAGCUCGCCGAGCUAUGGUGGUGCUGCUCCUGCAGCUGCCGCCCCUGCAGCCCCUGCAGCCCCUGCAGCUGCUUCUGGCUACGGAUAUAGCGCUUCGGCUGCACCUUCUCCUGCUCCUGCCUAUGGUAGCUCAGGCUACAGCUCGUCGGGAUCGGACUCGGGCUAUGGCGCUGCCGCUGCUUCCGCUCCUGCCGCCGCCCCUGCUCCCCAAGGAUACAGCGCUCCUGCACCUCAGGGCUAUAGCUCUAGCGCUGCUCCGUCGGCCAGCGAGUAUGAGAGCCAGUCGGCGUCGAAUGACUAUAGUUCUGAGGCCCCGACCAGUGCCUCAUACGCAUCCAAGAUUGGAUACAAGCAUGUGCCCGGCGGUGGAUACAGCGCUUCAUCGGCUCCUCCGGCUCCUGCCCCUGCACCUCAGGGCUACAGCUCCGCGGCCCCUGAACCUCAGGGUUACAGCCCCGCCGCUCCUGCGCCUCAGGGCUAUAGCUCCGCAGCCCCUGCUCCUACAUAUGGUGAUUCUGACGCCAGCUCGGCUGACUGCUCGAUACAGCUCUGCUGCUCCUGCCCCUGCACCCCAAGGAUACAGCCCUGCUGCCCCCGCCCCCGCCCCGCCCCCGCACCUCAAGGAUACAACUCUUCCUCAGCUGCUGAUGAUUCUUAUGGCGAUGGCAACGACACUGACACCCCUGCACCUGCACAUCCUGCAGCACCUGCCGCAGCACCAGCUGAGGCACCUGCCGGCUACGGAUCGGCCGCUCCGGCUCUCUCCUCACAGGACAUCGUGAUCCACCUGACGGCCAGCCUGGAUAUCAGCGCACCUCAGCAGGCACCCACGGGCGCCCCGGCCCCUGCUGAGACACCCGCAGGCUAUGCGUCGCCAGAAGCUCCCUCAUCGUCGGCGGCUGCAGCAUCGUACUCUUCUGCUGCUCCAUCCUACUCCUCGGCUGCUCCGUCAUACUCUUCAGCUGCUCCAGCAUCGUACUCUUCUGCUGCUCCGUCGUACUCAUCGUCUGCUUCCCCUGCAUACUCAGCACAGGGGGCAGCUUCGUACGACAAUGCCCCAGUACCCGCCCCUGCUGCAGCGCCUGCUCCGAGCAAGGGCUAUGGCGGCCGUGCGGCAGUCGAGCACGAGAAGCUUAACGGAUUCUAUACGAUCAACUAUGUCUUCUCUGAGGGCAUCCCGCCACAGAUCACAGCUGUGCCGGUUGACCAGCGCGAGAACAUUGUGUUCCAGGCUGUUAAUGCUAGCCCGUCCAUGAUCUAAGCACUUGUGUGUGACUGCUGGUGUCUGGUGGCACUUGCUGGACUCAGGCUGUCCUUCGACCAUCCCAGAUUCCCCUCUUCCUUCCGCCAUCUCCCUCCCUCCCUGUUACUUCCCCUACCUUCCGCUACUUAAUAAUCACUUUCCUCCCUCUUCCCGCCACCCUCGCCCCCUACCUCUCUCCAUAGCUUGACUCUUAAAUGGCCGUAGGCACCAGCAGUAUAUAUUUCGAAACUAAUAUGUUCAUAUUAGACAUAUUUACAAAUGCA